AAGGAUGUUCUCCUCUGUAUUUUCAGCAUGGCAAAUAUUAUGAGAUGGGCCACAAAGGUGCUUCGAAAGCCUCCCUCCCCUCCCUUGAUAUUUCCCACCGGCGGUUACAAGACCGUUCCUCCCUCGGAGGUACUUGAGGAGGAGCGAUUUGAACAAUUUCAUCGGAGACAAUAUUAUCCUGCCACUGUCGGCGAAAUACUUAUCUCCAAAUACCAGAUCAUUGGCAAAUUAGGGUUUGGGACAACUUCGACCGUGUGGCUGGCUCGAGACCUUGCGGGUCGUCGAUAUGUAACGCUCAAACUUUACACCCUCGACAAAGACAAUCAUGAGGAGCCUCAGAUAUACAAGCUACUGAACCAAGGGAGUUCAUGGCACCCUGGUCAUGCUCAUGUGCGGAAAGCAGUAGAUAUCUUCACGGUUCCCUCUCCGAGGGGUAACCAUCAGUGUCUUGUUCAGGUGCCGAUGUGGGAGAGCUUCCGGGACCUCCUUUACCGUAAUCCUCAGCAUCGAUUUACUGAAGAUCUCCUCAAAUCCGGUCUUAUGCAAAUAUUCCUUGCACUUGACUAUCUACACACUGAGUGCAAACUCGUCCAUAUAGAUAUCAAAAGCGAUAAUAUCCUCCAGGAAAUAGAAGACAUGUCUAUCCUUGAGAAUUUUUGUCAAGCUGAACUGGAGAACCCUUCACCCCGGAAAAUCGUCAAUGGUUUACCGAUCUACGCGUCGCGACGUUUUGACUUACCAAAGGUGUUUGGCCGAGCAGUACUGAGUGAUUUCGGAUCAGCUGUACAAGGGGAUGAGAAGAGGAAUCACGAUGCACAGCCAAAUGUUUACAGAUCACCGGAAGUAAUGCUGAAGACUGAUUGGAGUUACCCAGUUGAUAUAUGGAAUGUUGGUGCCAUGGUGUGGGAUUUGUUUGAGGGCAGACAUCUCUUCUACGGAAAUGACCCUGAUGGCAAAGGGUAUUCAACCCGGGCACACCUUGCAGAAGUUAUGGGGCUUCUCGGGCCACCUCCUUUAGAUAUGCUUCAACGUGGGAAACGUAGCCAUGAAUUCUUCACAAGUGACGGGAAGUGGAAACAGGACAUAGAGAUCCCGACGGGGGUCAGUCUGGAGCAAUCGGAAGGGUUCCUCGAGGGGAAAAAUAAGGAGAUGUUUAUAGAUUUCAUGAAAGGGAUGCUCCAGUGGCGACCUGAAGAUAGAAAGUCAGCGAAGGAGCUACUUCAGGAUCCAUGGCUAAAUGAUCAGUGA